AUGCCUUUUAUGAAAGGACCAGCGCCCAUUAGAAGGACCAUAAAAUACUUGGAGAGCGGUCGAUUGGUCCUUAAAAACAAAAUAAAGAUAUUAUCAAUAAACUACAAUACGACCGGAGAGACUCAUCACGGUGCCAGGGACUUCGUAUUUUGGCACUUGCCCCAGCUACAGUACAAAAAUCCGAACGUUCAGAUUGUAACGUUUAAGAACAUGACUCCAUCGCCAUUUAUCAAAUGCUACUACGAUGAUGGAAGACACAUGCUAAUUGAUAUAGACAAUACCCAGAAAGAAGAUGUACUAGAACAUCUGAUCGCUGUAAUUGGAAAAUCUCAGAAACAAUUAGCUGAGGAAGCAAUCAUUGCAGUGAAAAAGGAUAAUCCUGCUAACUUUGGCAUAGGUUGCGAAAAAAGUUGUAUCUGCGAAAUACCAGGACAGUUACCUUGCCCAGGAUUAGUUCCCCUACCAUUAACAAUGCGGGGCAAAUACAAGAACCGUGUAGACUAGGAUUAUUAUUUAAAAUUAUAGUUUAGUUGUCUCUGCUAUAAUAUUGUAGCCUAAAAGUAUAGCUAUAAAGUAUGUGAUUUGGAAAAUGCAGUUUGGUUCUUCUUGUAUAUAUUUCUUUUAUUGUAAAAAUGUCAUAAUACAGUGUAGGAAAAUACAUGUACGUCAAAUAUGAUACAUAAAGUCAAUAUUCAAUGGAAAUAGUUGUACUUAUAACACUUGUCUUCAAAGACUUUAUUAGCAUAGGAAUCAUUUGCAACGAUUAUGAUCUCUUAAUCGUGGAA